AUGUCUGUGUUCGGUGAAGGUAUUUCAGUUCUCACCGCAUUACAAGUCCCAGACUUGGGCGAUUUUAUUUUAUUUUCAUUGGCGUCACGGUGUCUUUCGUCGUCGUGUCGCACGUUGUUUGAGAAGGAAGCGAUACGUGAUUUUCCUACGGUGGAUGACUUGCUUACGUUUAUUAAAAACCGUAUUGCUAUUCUUGAACGCGUACAGGGCGUCGCCGGUAAACAGGACGCGCUCGCGCCCCGUCCUAAGGACCGACCGUCUGCGCCGUCGAAAUGGUCGCGUAAGGUUGAUCGACCAUCGCCAACAUCAUUAGUCUCAGCUGUGCAAGCACCGGCGCCGUCGCCGCACACAUUGUCAUGUCAAUACUGCAAUAAUCCACACGCGCUCGACGUGUGCCGUAAAUUUAGUUCACUGUCCGCUGAUGAACGCGCGAAGUGGGCGCGUGGUAAACGUAUUUGUUUUUCGUGUCUCAGUCCCGGUCAUUGGGCACCUAGUUGUAAGACGCCCGCCAAAUGUACAAUUUGUCCACGCCGUCACCAUAGUUUGUUACAUUCAACGGCUAAGGACGUCACGCCGUCAUCGGAGGUGGAAUCACCUGCCGUUCCUACAUCGCUAUUAUCCGGGCUUGGAUCUCCGUCCGUCGUGCUUGGCACGGCGUUGGUACAUAUACGUGAUCAUUCUGGUAGCUUCCAAGUGGCCCGCGCGUUGAUUGAUUCGGCGUCACAAAUAAAUGCGAUUUCAUUGCCGUGCGCGAAGCGGCUAGGUCUCCGUUGGUUGACGUGGACGGCUCCGGUUUCGGGUUUAGCCGGUGUGCCGGUAGUUACGGUACAAGGUCGAGUCGAUUGCCAUGUUGUGCCACGCUACUCGUCCGAUCCAGUUUUAGCGUUCGAGUCAUGGGUUCUACCGUCUAUAACCGGUGACCUCCCGCGGCAGUCGUUGGAACCGUCCGUACACGAUAAGUUUUCGCACUUAGCGUUGGCUGACCCGAAUUUCCAUAUCGCUGCGCCGGUUGAUCUAUUAUUAGGCGCAGACCUGUUUUCAUCCAUUAUCGACGGGCGUCAGGUUGUUGUGAAUAAGUCGUUGCCGGCCGCGUUCAGUUCAUGUUUCGGGUGGAUCCUUAUUGGUUCAGUGUCGCCGUCGGAUAUAUCGACCCCGCAAACCACCGCCGUGCCUUUACUCACGUCCGUGGAACAAUUAAUCGACCGUUUUUGGCACGUCGAAGAGCCCGACUCAGCCCCGUUGAAGUUUACCGACGCCGGCAAAUUCGAAGUCGUAUUCCGUGAUAAUUUUGUCCGUGACGAGUCCGGCCGUUUUUCAGUUCCGUUGCCGUUUCGUGCGCCAUUGCAUGAUAAGUUAUUUCCCGGGUCUCAGGCGGUCGCGAUCAAACGGUUCGAGCAUCUCGAGCGGAAGUUAAGCUCGAACGAUCGAUUGCGCACUAAAUAUAACGAUUUUAUGUCGGAGAAUUUGUCACUCGGACACAUGUCAGUGGCGUCCACUCAUGGCCGUUAUUUUAUUCCGCAUCAUGUUGUAUGUGUGGCGCAGAUGAAAAAUUCCGCGUAG